AUGGCUCUGGACGAACUAAAACUUGCCGCGGAAGGCAGUGCCACCGAUCAGCAGCCGGCGAAACGCGACGAUGCUCCCGAUUACUACAAACGGCCCAAGUUCAAGCGGAACAUUAUUCCGUUCGAUACCGAAGACCUAAGCGUGCGGGUCAUCCGCGAACGGUUUCUUAUUCCGGACCAGGUCAAGGAGAGCAGCCCAGCCGAGAAAGCGGGUCUCAAGCUGGGCGACCAGAUCGUGAAGAUCAACGGAGCCGAUGCAUCGGCCAUGCGGCUGGCAACGGCCGAAUCUGUUAUCAAGCAGGCCGGGGAGCAGCUGCACCUGGUGGUGGCCAAGGACGACGAGGAAGCUUCAAAGAAAUCGGACAUACCCAAGGAAACCCGCGAGAUCAAGUUCGCAGGUAACGAGGCUGAUCGUAACGCCGAUGUCACUAACAACCCUUCCGCCCCCAAGCACAAGCCAGACGAAGGACGUGCUGACUGGAUUCAGCCGCCAGAACGCAAGGUUUGGCAUCCGAUCGUGUGGCAGCAGCCGCCGCCACCGAUUCCACCGGAUGUUUACGGCAAGGAUGCACCUCAUCAACGGCUGAUUGCAAAUAUUCGUCGAUUGCUCACGGAGACGGCCGCGAAACCCGAGGAACGCAAGAAGCACAUCGAAAAUAUGAUGCUUUCGUUGCCAACCGGUUCGAAGAGAUACGAAGACGAGGAAGAUGAACCUCCGAAACCGGUUCCAAAACCAAAACGAAAAACCAGAAAGACCCGUAAGGUUGCUGUCCGAAAACAUAACGAAAGCUCAGAAUCAGAGGAUUCAAUGUCGCAGGAUUUAUCUGCUUCUUUGCAAGAUUAA